AUGUCAGACAUUACAAGCUCUUCGGAUUUCCUCUGUGGAGUCUUACCGGCCAAAGACAUCUCCAAAAUCAACCCAAUACUAUAUCUUCACGACCCUCUUCAGGCAGCCGGAUCGAACGCAGAAACGUUUCUUCAUCGCACCCCUCGACAAUUCCCUACCUCAGAAGAGAAAAACAUCAAGAAUCAAUCAUAUUGGGUUACUUUCACACCACUUGAAGCAGAAAGACGCUUUCCUUACCUCUCGGGUAUUACACCGGCCCAUAAAAACGUAUUUUGGAGACAGACGUUAGGUGUGGUCAAUGAGCUACUCGAACUGAUUCAAAGCGACAAGAGUGAGCUAGAUCCGCCACUACGCGAUGGCACAACACUACGGCAUGUUUGCGCGAGUAUAGGCAUCAAGCAUGGUGCGCAUAUGGCUGGGGUAUAUUUUGCAAAAGCAACUGCGAUGAUGUAUCCAUUCGGCGAGGAUCCUAGGCGCUUGGAGCUGAUCAACGUGCUCAUGAUUAUGUUAUGGGUUUUCGACGACAAAUGCGAAAAGAGCACCGGAGAGGAAACAGCCAAUGUACUACAUGAAUGGAGAGUGCGCCUUGGAAGCGCGGAUCAAGGGUGUGUCGAAAGUUCGCCACUGCAAACGUAUCUCGACAAAACGAUUGCAGCAAUCUACGAAUACGACCUUAUUACAGGUAACACAGCAGGAAAAGAGAUGCACUACGCCACUCUAAACACAGAAUACUGGCUGAAGCCGCCGGCAAAGUGCGAAAACCUUAGCGAGUAUCUAGCCUAUCGCUACCGAAAUGUUGGUGCACUAUUUGUCUGGUCAUGUGUAAAGUUCAGUUUGAAUCUCAAAGUGGGCAUUUUGGAUCCGCGUAUCGCACAAUGGCUUGAGUGGGCUAGUAUGCAUCUGGGCAUGACGAACGAUUUGUACUCGUGGGCGAAAGAAGCAAAAGAGCAAAGCGAAGAGCAGGGACCAGCAAACGCAAUUUUUCAUCUUAAACAGCUCUUGUCUCUGAAUGAGCGCCAGGCUGUUGAGAUGUUAUACAGUAUGAUCCUACCGAAGGGAGCAUUGAUGCACGAACAGUUACUGAGCUGGGAGAACAAGUGCCCUUUUGACGACGGCAUGUGGGCGUUCUUGAGGGGAGUAUGGGGUACGCUUGCAGGACAUGUAUUGUACAGUGCGACGUGUGCUAGGUAUGCUGGAGAGCAGGGUAGAGUUGUACCAGGAUAA